GGUAUCUGCUGGUAUUCAUAUCUGAUUUUAAAUGGCGCUGGUUAAAGUGAUUAAAAUAAUAUGUAGGUCACGUAAGUGUGCCAGUGUAGCAAGUGCUUUCCGCCCGUGAGAUUUGUCAUAGUGAUCUAGAUUUCUGCCACCUUGCCAACUCGACCUUGCGGUGUUGCCGGAUCUGCAGCAGUUGACAACAUCUUGUUGGCAUAAACAAUGAAUAAAUUGAUGAGAUAAAGGGUGCCAAUCACCCACCGUCGGCCAAAUCAUGAUUCCUUUAUCACACAACAAAGAUGUAUACCGCCCCCUUGGCUCUCGUCUCAAGGAGAAGGUGGCAGGCUGGAUUCGCAUCAUCUUUGCUGACCGGAAUUCAAGAAAUCUUCUACUUUUCCUUAUCCUCAACCUCUCUUUUGCCUUCGUUGAAUUGUUUUAUGGCAUCUGGACGAACAGCUUGGGUCUCAUAUCAGAUUCAUUCCACAUGUUCUUUGACUGCACUGGCCUGCUGGCGGGCCUUGCAGCAUCUGUCGUCACCAAGUGGAAAGCAAAUGACAAAUACUCAUAUGGUUAUGUCCGUGCUGAGGUUUUAGCUGGCUUUGUAAAUGGAUUGUUCCUCCUCUUCAUAGCAUUUUUCAUUAUGUCUGAGGCGGUGGAACGUGCUAUCGAACCACCAGAGGUGAAGCAUGAACGCUUAUUUGUUGUAUCUAUCCUUGGGUUUUUGGUAAAUCUGGUUGGUAUUUAUGCAUUCCAACAUGGACAUGGUCACUCACAUGGUGGUGGGGGCCAUGGCCACUCACAUGGUGGAGGUGGCCAUGGUCACUCCCAUGGUGGUCAUGGACACUCUCAUGGUGAUGAUCACAAUCACUCACAUGGAAGUGAAAUAAACCUAUCUAGUGGAAAUUCUCAAAUAAUGCAGGGAGUCUUCCUUCACAUUUUAGCAGACACUUUAGGCAGUGUUGGUGUUAUAGUUUCUGCAAUUCUCAUGCAGAUGUUUGGAUGGAUGAGAGCGGACCCCAUCUGCUCAAUGUUUAUUGCCAUUCUUAUUGCUUUAAGUGUGCUUGCUCUUAUCAAAGAUUCGGUCUUGAUUCUCAUGCAGCGGCAACCAACUGCUCUAGACCAUGUCUUACCGCAAUGUUAUCAGAAGGUUUCUCAACUUGCUGGUGUGUACAGCAUACAAGAGCCUCACUUUUGGACUCUUUGUAGUGAUGUGUAUGUUGGUGCUCUUAAACUUGAAGUUGCUAAAAGUGCUGACCCUAAGUAUAUUGUCAGCCACACCCAUCUCAUAUUUGCUGGGGUAGGAGUGCGACAACUGUAUGUGCAACUAGACUAUGCCCACAUGUGAUAAGUUACGUUGUGAAAUUAACUUUUCAAAAGAAUUAUGCCCACUGCAGCUUCAGGAAGAGAAGAAUAUUGCCUAAUUGCUUGGCAAUGAAGUGUUCUCAGCCUUUAUUAACUUGGCUUUCAAGGCAGAGGAAUGGGGUAGCCCUUUUGUUGAGUGCCUCUUCAAGAAACACCGAGUAUUAUAUUUCUGGUUAUUGUUUACCGAGGCUUUUAAAACAUGUAUACUUUGCUAAGGUAGUUGUUAAUGUUUGUUCAUAAUUUGUUGAGUUUUUUACCUUUAUUUUCAUACAUACAGAAAAAAGGGGGUGGGGUUCACUUAUCAUUUAUUGGAAAAUUUUCUAUUGGUCAUAAAUCCUUGUUUGUUGGUAUGCCUGAUAAAAUCAAAAAGUUGAUAAAGUGCAUGGAAUGUGUAAUAUUAGUCUUUGUGUACUUAUUGUUCAUGACCACCUUCACAAUAAAAAAAAUAGUUGACUUUUUAAUUUGCAUGUAAGCAUUGUGUUCAUGUUAAAGAAUUGCAUUUCAUUAAUUGCUAGGAGGGCAGCUUCUGAUGCAGCUAUCUAGUAUAUUCAUACUGUCAGUUCAAUAAUAGUGUUGAUGAUGACAGCACCGUAUUACCUGUCACUUGUAAUUUUGCUGUUAUGUUGAAAAUUUUCAGUGAUCGCAACUUAAGUUAUUCUCCACUUAUAACAUUCCAUUCAUUCCUAGCAGCAUCCAUACUUGAUGACAACAGUACAAGGGGAUACGCUUCUGGACUUGCUCUUUUGCUUUGUUUGUCAUGAAUGGGGUACCUGAGAAUGUCUUCUCAAAUCUUUUUCUCUAGAUACAUUGGUCAUAUUUGUAUAUUUUAUCUAAGUUAUAAGUUGUAAUUGCCACUUAGGGCACUCUCUGGCAGUAGCUGAGGAUAUUAGUAAUUAUUUGUUUUUGUAGCCAUUGUACUACUCAACUGUGAUGAAUUAACUGAAUUUCAUGAUUUUAUUGAUGGGCUUCAAAGGCAAGUUAUCUUUUGAAGAGUAUUUUGUAACACAUCGUAAGCCUGAAUAAAGUAGGAGGCAUUAUGACUUAUAAAGAUCACUAUUGUUUUUAUUUGAGGUUUACUGAAGUAUUUGAAACUCUCUACCAUCUAUUCUUUCGCAGUGCAUAAUUUUAAAUAGAUUUUAACAAUGUCUUCCUCUCUUCUCAGUGCACAUUUGGUGUGUUAGGUGACAAUUCAGUUCUUCAUCAGUAUCUAACCUGUUAAUGACAAUAUUUGCCAAAAAGUUUUUGAUGUUUUGCUUUUUAUAUUGUUUAUUGAGUUUUUUGGUCUAUUGUAGCGCUUGUUGGUUUCUGGAAGGGACCUCAUGGCUGUAUAACUCUUUGUAACUAUUUUAAGUUUCUGCUUUCAAUGCCUGGAAGUACUUUCUUUAGACUUUAGAGUGACUGCCCUGCUAUUUCGGGUUCAGUGGAGUAUCAUGUCCAUUUCUUUCUUUUGUCCCUAGAUAGGAGUGGAGGGGGUCUCUGACCUUUCUUGUUCUUGAGACUUAUCCACCUCUUUCUUAUGCAUUUUUUGUCAUUUCUCAUUGUGAUUUGUUUGAAUUUACUCUAAUGGUAAUUGCACUGCUUGUUUCCAUGGGCUUCUGGUACACAAGUUUCUUUUCCUUUACAUGGCUCCAUUUUGUUAGUAGAUACUUGCAUGUGUCGUUUUUUACUGUUUUGAUGACAAUUCAUUAAGGUAAUUUCAUACAAUAAAAAUCAAAUGUGUCCAAAUGCGUUUCAAAUGGUUGAAAAGCAAAAAAGGGUCUGUAA